AUUUGAUAUUUUUGCGAUUUUCUUUGCAUUUGUUGUAGCCAAUGCCGUACUAGGUGUCUGGUACAAAAUCGGCGGAUGAUUUCGUACACGAGGAGCCUCUGUACAAUUAGUUCGAAUCUUAACGCAUAACAUUAGAUUGCACGGAAGAAAUUGGCUGCUCGACGAUAGAGGAUACAAUUGGCUAAAGUAAACACCUUGUCGCUAGAUCUCACGCGCUUGAGCGCUAGCAAAGGCGAAGCAUCAAUCAGCACACCUCAGGCACAGAAAGCGCGACUGCAAACAAAGCUCAAGCUGUCAACACGCAACACCACAACACAAAUACAAACACAACCACUCUUCCCACCCUCCCUUCCUCUUCCAUCCACGCUGGUCGAUUUUCACGCACUCUCCACCCCCUCAUUUUUGGAUCCAACAUCCAUUUACUUCUAGCACACGUCUGCAAGCCGCAAGCCGCGACACUCGCCCAUUCUCAUUCUCAUUCUCAUUCUUGCAUUGCAUCGCAUCCACCACCUCGCAUCGCAGCUGCAGCGCUGGCCCCUCUUUUCUCAUUUGCCUAUCUACCUACCUAGGUACUGUAGCUCCUGAAACCAACGAAAACCAAAAAGUCAACACCACAAUGACUCUCCAAACUGUGUACCAGCAGUUCCUGGCGACCAACGAUGCCUCCCUAUUGGCCACUGAUGCAUCUCUCCACUACAUUACCACUUUGACGACAGUCAAUGGGGCCGGCGCCAUCGGCAAGCACCUCAGUGGACAGCUCUACGAGCUCAAGAAGAAGGAGGAGAAGGUCCUCGACGCCGUCGAAUCCUCCAAUGCGCUCGUCGUAGAAGUACACACCACGAUUGAAUUUCUUACUGGUGGUGGCGCCUAUCUGCCGGGUCUCGACGAUAACUUUCUCGCCGAUCGCACGGUGACCUUCCCCGUGGUAUGCUCCUGCGAAUUCCUUCAUGUGCCUAUUUGUACGACAUGCUAACUAGGGCUUCGCAGAUUCACAUAGUAACAUUCGACGCCGACCGAAAGAUUACACAAGUACGACAAAACUGGGAUCAAGGCUCACUGCUCAAACUCAUUGAUGUCAUUGGCAAGUCCGGACGCAAUUGGCCAAUUCGCGAUGGAAAGGAUCAGAUUAAGUUGAUUGUCAACAGUACCAAAUCUGCUGGCAAAACUUCUACAGGUACCUCCCACGCCAACGAAUUGCCAAUCAGACCCCGAGGCAACUCCAAUAAUGUCACCGGCGAUCCCCAUGCCUCUCUUGCUCUCUUUGCGCCCCGCGAAAAGUACCCCCAAGCAGACAGUGUAAUCGCUCCAAAAUCAUCUUCGAGGCCACCACCACGCGAGUAUAGUGAGCUUUUUGUGGGAGGCGACGAAGAUGGAUCUCCUCCACCCAAAUCCUCCAGCCAUGCUCGGUCCGAAUCUCCUUCCAAGGCAUACGUCAAGUCCGGCGCAAACAAGAAUUACGCCCCUUCGCGCCUUUUCGAUGUUGAUACUGUUGAGGAGGAGGACGUUGCACCACUCGUUGCUGAAGGUCAGAGCGGAAACCGGCAAUUCUAUCGCCCAAAUCCUAAGAGAUAUGAGCACUUUGACAUGACCGAUGGCGACGUCGAAGAGCCAGUCGAAGACAAAAACCAGAAGCCACUCAAGGGAGUCGCGUCUGAAAAGCACAACAGCCAAUGGAACUUUGACGACUUCAACACCCCACAAAAGGUUGUUCCAACCAAGGUUCUUCGCACUAAUGAUGUCCGACACUGGGGAAACAGCGACGAUGAAGUUGAAGAUAGCCCAGUCAAAGUUAAGAAGGUCAGCAAGCCUCGAAAGGAUGCGGAACCGCAUUUCGAAUUCGUUGAUGAUGGAACUCCAGCUGGCGCUAAGCGCACUAUCAAUCGCCCACGUGGAAAAGGUCAGAAUGACGGACUUGGUAUAUACAAGAACAAUUUGUACGAUGAUGAGAAUGGGGGUUCCGCUGGGGGUGCUGCAUUCGACAAAGGCAACACACUCGCAAAUGUCAAGGAUCGUCGUAAAGACUUCGACCCUCAUUUCGCCAUGACCGAUGAAUCUCCCGUGUCUACACCAACAACUGAGCGUAUACCCGACCACCGUGCAAAGGCUGUCAAGAUGAUGGAUGCCAACUGGGACACAUAUGAUCAAUCGCCCAAUCAAAAGGAGAACAUUGCUAUGUCAAAGGCGUCGAAGUCGAGUUCCGGCAAGGCUCCAUUGUCAGAAGCCAGUAAUACAAUGAGCCACCGCAAUGAUACCCAUGUGGGAAUUGCGCUUGGAGGAAAUGGGAUGGGCGGAAAGAAAGGAACCACUAGACAAUGGGGAUUUGGAGACGAAAGCGACGGAGAAACAACCGGCGGUGGAGGCAUUAUGACUGCUGGCAAUGGAAUGGGAGGGAAGAAGGGAACUUCUCGACAAUGGGGAUUCGGAGAUGACAGUGAGCCAGAAGAAACCGCCCAAGCCAGCAAGCCCAGCAAAUACAAGACUGGCAGGACCCAAGGUAGACAAAGCGACGGAGAAACAACUGGCGGUGGAGGUAUUAUGACUGCUGGCAAUGGAAUGGGAGGGAAGAAAGGAACUUCUCGACAAUGGGGAUUCGGAGAUGACAGUGAGCCAGAAGAAACCGCCCAAGUCAGCAAGCCCAGCAAAUACAAGACUGGCAAGACCCAAGGUAGACAACAAGCUACUGGUGGCGAUUUUUGGGACUUCUAAUCGAGAACCUUGACACGCCGAGGGUGAUGGGCUGAAACCAGAUUCAUCCGUCACGGCUGCUUUAUGCCUAAUGAAUACGAGAGUAUGCAGUUCAUGAAGUGCAUACAGGGUAUCUUCUUAUUUUGUUUGUAUUUGCCUAUUUUCCUUGGACACAGCUCACUCUCAUGACAUGCAAGUGUGUUUUCUUGGGUGCGCAUAUCACUGUCUUCUCUUUCAUUGUCUUGUGGAUUCACGGAACAUCGAAGAAUCGGAGCGUCGAGUUCAGUGGAUACGUUGAUUUGGAGGCGUUUUGUACACAAGGGCGUCUCUUGGAAGAAAAAGUUGAUAUCCAACCUUGGUGUGGUUGCUUUUGUCUAGUUGAUAGAGGGGAGCUGAAGGGGGCACGAGAAAGCCUCUUCUUUCGUUGCAGCCUUAUGUGUAG